CCGCCUCCGGCCGGGCUGAAAAGGCUAGGCGUACCCGGCCUGGUCGGCGUGGAGGCGCCCCGGAGGGUCCGGCCCCAGCUCCCCGCCCCGGAGCGCAGAGGGAGCUGCUCCUGGCUCUCGUCGGCCCCAGGAAGCAACCUUCCUUGAGAAAUCAAAGUCUCGGGACCAGGAAGUGAACGCUCCUUUUCCCCCAUUGACAUUCCAGUGUUGGAAAUACCAAUUCUUACCAGGAAAAUGACAAUGAAGAAGAUGAUGGGUCAAGACGACCAGUGGAAAAUGCCCUAGGAGAGAGCCAUAGAGAUGUACACUUCAGAAGAGAGACCUAAUCAGAGAACUCAAAGAAGGACAACAUACCAUGUGCGCCCUCAGAAGGGUCAAAAGAUUUUUAUUCAUGUGCAUGAGAUUACUCAAGUAGAUGAUCCAAUAUACCAGUGCCUUGAACGUGAGCAAAACUUCUGCGAAAACUUAGCUCUUAUUAUGUGUGAGAGAACCCAUACUGGGGAGAAACCUUAUCGAUGUGAUAUGUGUGAGAAAACCUUCAUCCAACGCUCAGAUCUUAUUUCACACCAGAGGAUCCACAAUUAUGAGAAACCUUAUAAAUGUAGCAAAUGUGAAAAGAGCUUCUGGCACCACUUAGCCCUUUCAGGACACCAGAGAACGCAUGCAGGUAAAAAAUUCUACACAUGUGACAUUUGUGGCAAGAAUUUCGGACAGAGCUCGGAUCUGCUUGUCCACCAGCGAAGCCACACAGGUGAGAAACCGUAUCUGUGCAGCGAGUGUGAUAAGUGCUUCAGUCGAAGUACAAAUCUCAUUCGGCACCGAAGAACUCACACCGGCGAGAAACCGUUUAAGUGUCUAGAGUGUGAAAAAGCUUUUAGUGGGAAAUCGGAUCUCAUUAGCCACCAGAGAACUCACACUGGCGAAAGGCCCUACAAAUGCAAUAAGUGUGAGAAAAGUUACCGACACCGUUCAGCCUUCAUUGUUCAUAAAAGAGUUCAUACUGGGGAGAAGCCCUAUAAGUGUGGUGCCUGUGAGAAGUGCUUUGGCCAGAAAUCAGACCUUAUUGUCCACCAGAGGGUCCACACAGGGGAGAAGCCCUAUAAAUGCUUGGAAUGUAUGAGAAGUUUCACUCGCAGCGCCAACCUAAUCAGGCACCAGGCAACUCACACGCACACUUUUAAAUGCCUUGAAUAUGAGAAAAGUUUCAGCUGUGGCUCGGACCUUAUUGUGCAUCAGAGAAUUCACAUGGAAGAGAAGCCACAUCAGUGGUCCGCAUGCGAGAGUGGCUUCCUCCUCGGCAUGGGCUUUGUUGCCCAACCGAAAAUGAGAACUCAGACAGAGGAGCUGCACUAUCAGUACAGUGUGUGUGACAAAGGCUUCCGCCAGAGCUCGGCCCUCCUUCAGCACCAGACGGUCCACGCCAGCGAGAAACCCUGCCUCUGCAGCGUGGGCGAGAAGGGGCUUGGGCUCAGCGCCCCCCACACCUCAGAAGCCUCACAGACGUCUUGGCCAGACAAGAAGCUGUAACACCAUAAAAAAAAUACUUACGAGUCAGAGAACUCAUUAAAAUGAAUAACUCUAGGCAAAUCUUAGACUUUUCUAAGAGCUCAGACUUGGGUAGGGACCAGAGAAUCUGCAGUUGUAGGAAGUUGGGAAGUGGUUUGCCCAGAGAGCUGCCCUAACAGAAUCCUAUCAGUCACUCCAACGGGAAACCUUGAAGGGCCCUGAGGUUUGGAAAACCUUUCGUCUGAGCUCCUAUCUGAUCACUCACAGGAGGACUCGUACCAGUGGGAAACCUUGCAGAUGCCAAGAAUGACAGAGCUCCCUAGCGACGCUCACUCCUCUCCCUCCAAGGGAGUUCACACCAGAGGACAACGCCCGUGGUGUGCGCAGCAUGUCUGACGGUGCGCCCAGCUCAUUGACGUCAGGGAGCCCAUGCUCGGGAGAACCCCCAGCAAGUGUGAUAAAAACUUGCAACAGAAUUAUGACUUUCUUAACCAUCAAAGAAGCCAUAUCGGUGAAAAUUUAGGUAUUUGUCUUGAGUGUGGCAAAAGCAUUUGAUGGAGAGCCUUCUCGGGUUUGCAGCAACAACAACAAAACCAAUCUGAGAAGAGACCUUACAAAGUCUGAGGGAGAAAAGCUGUCAGCGAUCAGCUCCUUUGGUUGGCACACCAGGGAACUCACGCACGUGAAAAACCCCUAAAUAUCUUGAGUGUUAAAAAAGCCUUGCUAGAAACCUCCACCUGUGGGCCCCAAAGAACCUACUCUGCAGAGAAUUUUGCUCUAGCGCGAGAUCUAACUGGGGAUGGCGUACGUACUGUAGGUAUGAGACUAACCAUGCUCCCGUUAGCCGAUCCGUGUGGUAGAGGUGACUUUCAGAGUCGAUACGUGAAUGGUUCUUAGGUGCCCAGAGGCUUGUUGUGGGAGGAGCUCGGGCAGGUCAGAGCAGGCCUGAUGGGAAACUCAGGUAGAGAUCCUUUUCUUUUAUCUGAACCACUUAAUGAUCGCUUUACUUUCUCGUUUUAAAAUGUGGAAACCCAAUAAAGGAAAGGACUGCGCCCUGUGACAGACGGUGUGGCCUGUGUUACUGUGGGGGACAGGAGAGGACUGGCUUUGCCUCGUGGUGGUUUUUAUGCUUUUAAAAAUUGUUGGCCAGAUUGGGGACUGGUGUUUUGAUAGUCAUUUGGGAAGCUUGCUGGUGGCGGAAACAACUCAUCAGCCAGGGAGCAGUUACCCUGGGUCAGAACUCCCAGAAGGGUUCCCUUUGCGGGGCCAACCUCAUAAAGGCGCAGGGCACUGAGCUUUUUACUUCUGUGAGUGGAGGCGUGCCGUCAAAGGUUUCCUUACCCAGAAAUAGUCUCGGUAUCACUGGUAUUUGACAUUUCUGCUCAUCUCUUUUCAACUCAGAAAUGCCAGGUAGAGGAUAAGAGUUACGAUGUAGCUAGUAUCCACGUUUUUGUGACAUCACGUGCCGUGCCUUCCAGUGAUAACAUCUCCUUAGCAGCUCUGUGCAGAAUGAUGAAGGGGGACUGGAAGGACAUUAGGCCUGUGCAGGCAGGUGACACAUGGUGACGCUUUGGUAAUGGGAGGAGCCAUGCUUCUGCUUUUGAGUAUCCUGCCUCCAAAGCUCGUGGUCUUUUCUGUCCAUUGUCCUGCUGUUUAAUUCAGUCCCAUAAUGAUACGCCUUUCAUUUAUUUCAGUUCUGCCAAGAAAAGAGAGACUACUUUUUAUUCCCAGGGAAAGGAUUGCAAUCACUACAAUAUAAGGUAUUUAUUUGGCUUGGAAUAUAGGAUUCUAAAUAAUAGAAGGGAAAAGUAGUUGCCAAAUUUAUCAGAGGUUUAAGGAUAAGCACUUAUCUCCAGUUUAACAAAAAGUUAUUAUAUUUAACAUUCUCGUACUGUAAUUCAGGGAUCUAUAAA